AUGGUUCUGAGUCGAGGCAGAGCAAACGAAUUCAAGUCGCAGAUGCUUGAUUUGCCGGAUUAUAAGAUGCUGAUGCUGGAUUUGCCGGAUUCAGAUGCUGGAUUUGUGUUGGCGAUUGAGAGAUCAGAGAACGGGGAGAUGUCGGAUUGGCUGAAAAUUGGGAGAGAGGCAAAGAGGGAGACAUAUUCAUCACCCAUUGGCACCAAUUUAUCUUGUGUUGCAGUGAUUUCUAAACUUCUUCAUCAACGAAAUUGGAAGGUUCACUCUUCUUACGUAGUAAGCAAUAUGAUGAAUAUAGGGAAGUUACUGUAUAAAAGCCAGUCAAGUAUCCGGAAUCUAAUUACCACUGCACCAGUUUAUAGUUCUGCCUUUGAUGUAUCUGGAGAUGGAUUGAGCUUGACAUUCAGGCGCUGGGCUACAAAAAAGACAGCAGGAUCUACAAAAAAUGGGCGUGAUUCACUACCCAAAAAUCUUGGAGUCAAAAAAUUUGGUGGAGAGAGAGUGAUACCUGGGAACAUCAUUGUUCGUCAAAGGGGAACACGCUUCCAUCCUGGAAAUUACGUUGGAAUCGGUAAAGAUCACACUCUCUACGCUCUAAAGGAAGGCUGUGUCAAGUUUGAGCACCACAAACUGAGCGGACGCAAGUGGGUGCAUGUCGAGCCAAAGGAUGGUCAUGAAAUCCACCCUGUCUAUGCAAGUGCUGAUUCACUUCCCGAGAUGAAGACAGCAGCUUAA